AUGUCCACGACGCCCCCUACCUUACUAUUCAAGGCCACUUCUGGCGGCACAUUCUCUUAUCCAGACGGAUACGACAACGUUUCCAACCAGGAUCUUGUGGAUUUAUACAGGCUAACCCAGAAGGCAUUGCUCUCUUUGGAAACAGAGAUUGAUAAGAGGUCGAUUACAGUGGGUAUAGGUGUAGAAAAAGCCAUCAGAAGGGUGAAGGAAAUUUAUAAAGAGGUUAGAAUUACGAAGAGGAUACCCGACCGAGCUGAACGACUUGUACACAACGCAAUCAGUGCUGUAACGGAUCCUGUUUUUACCGAGCCUGGUGCCCGACGCUAUCAAAUUUUCUUUACUGACAUCCUUAGCCUUAAAAACCAUGGAAUAUUCGUUCUCUGCGCAGCAUCCUUGGGGAAAGAGAAAGUAAGAAAUAUGAAGAAGGAGGACCGAAUGGAGUUCUUGGACUACCUUGGGAAUAAUUUUUCGACUUUUAACAGCUCCGCUCUUGAUGAUCUCGCUACAAAGUUUGACAUUCCAAAGCAUGACAAGUAUAGUGAACCGAAUCAGCGCAAGCGGCGCCUAUCUCAAGUGCUGGAAACCAGUCCACGAAAGGAACAACAAAACGUCCUUCAGGGGAAGGGUACGAUAGAAGGUGGUGGUGAUUCUGAAGUCGCAGCCGCAUCAACUUCGAUGGAGACAGAGCAGAUGUUAAGAAGGCAGAGACAGAUUGAAUAUAGCUACUCAAAUGCGCCAGUCAAAUCCAUCUCACCAUUAGGUGAAAAGCUUACCGACGCUAUCAGGAGUAGUAAACAGUGGCAGUGGGAGCGGGCGGUCGGGCAGAACGAAGUGACAGGUUGUAUUACUGCACUGGCUCCAAAAGAUCGAAAUAUUGAUAUUUCUCUAAAUAUGUUAGUUGGAUUUGAGAUGGGAAACAAGUUGAUCGAGGAACUUCGGCUUAUACCUAUAUGA